CGACUGACAAACCGUGAAUAUGACGGCGACGAAGAUAGCUUUGGACCAGAUGAACAUGACACAGUAAGCUUCGUCCAUGACCGCAUUUUCCUUCACAAGGCCCUUCGUAUCAAUUAUACCACGUACGACAUGCGACGAGCUCAGGACACGAUCAACCCUCGUAUCCGAUCGGACAUCAUGCUUCUGGCACCACAUGAAGAUGACGAAGACGACAAUGCAAAUGGACAUCCAUACUGGUAUGCUCGAGUUAUUGGGAUUUUCCACCUUAACGUCAAGCAUCGCGGCUUCCUGUCGAAAUCGAAGUCUGCUCAACGCAUGGACGUGCUCUGGAUUCGAUGGUUCGGUCGCGAUACCACAGCGCCCGGUGGCUUCGAGACCUGCCGUCUUCACCGCAUCGGAUUCAUCAAUCAUGACGCCCCGAACGCCUUUGGUUUCCUCGACCCCAAGCAAGUUCUCCGAGCAUGCCAUAUCCUACCGUGCUUUGCAUACAAUUUUACGGCUGAGUAUCUUCCACCAUCCAUAGCACGCCAACCAGAAGAGCGCGACAUGGACUAUGUCUAUUAUUAUGUUGGCAUGUUCGCUGAUCGUGACAUGCUGAUGCGCUACAUUGGUGGUGCAAUCGGGCACAAA